ACGGCUAGUGACAAAUCUCUCCUCUUCUCUCUCUCUCUCUACAAAACCCCCUUACUGGUUUCUUUCUUAUCAACAAAAAAUUACUUCUCUCUCUCUAAAAUGGCAAGAAAUCAUGGAAAUGAAAGCUCAGCCACCGUUUCAUCUUCAUCUUCUUCAUCUACCAGGUCGACCCAUAACCCGAAAGGAAAAGUACUAAAGAGAGCCCGUGAAAUAUCUUCAAAAACCGGUACUAAGCACCCGAAAUACAGAGGUGUAAGAAUGAGAAGUUGGGGAAAAUGGGUUUCAGAGAUCCGACAACCACGAAAAAAAGCCCGAAUUUGGUUAGGAACAUACCCGACACCCGAAAUGGCAGCCCGUGCCCACGACGUCGCUGCAAUAACCAUAAAAGGUGAAUCCGCAGUCCUUAAUUUCCCCCAUCUAGCAAAUUCACUUCCCCGUCCGGCGUCGAUUUCGCCGGAAGAUGUCCGGGCGGCGGCGGCAAAGGCGGCGGUUAUGGAGGAUCUUUCGAUUUCGUCCGAGGAAGAAGAGAAUCAUGAUCAAUUGGGAGAGAUAAUUGAAUUGCCGAAAUUGGAAGAAGAUUUGCGAUUGGGAGAUUCUUGGGUGUAUCCGCCGCCGUGGACGGCGGAGAUGGAAUCGGAGCUUUAUUUUAAUAGCUGUGAUGAGUCGUCGGCGGCAGUGGCCGCGGCGGAGCAUUAUUAUUUGAUUUUGAAUAGUUUAAUAUGAUUAGUGAAAGUAAUAUUAUAAUUAUUUACUAUUUUAAAGUGUAUGCUUAAUUACAUGUUUGAUUAUCAUAUAUUCAUAUUAUGUAAUUGUAUUCACUUAAUUAAAUAAAAAUUAUAUAUUUAAAA